AUGGCCGGUGUUUCUUGGUGGAGUAGCCGUAUGACUACAGCCACUGAAAUAUAUCUUACUAAUUUCUUGUUUGGCCUGGCGGGCUCGCUGAACGAGACAAUCUCGGAGAUCACGAUUGCCGACCUUUUCUUCACUCACCAACGCGGUACGGCCAACGGACUAUACAUUGUUGCCGUUGUGUUCGGAAACUUUGUCUGUCCCACAAUCGCUGGCGUCCAGGCUGCUGCGCUUGGCUGGAGGUGGACUUACUAUACCGUCGGCAUAUGCCUCACCGUGCUGUUCCUCCUCUUCUGCCUCUUUUACGAGGAGACAAAGUAUGUUCCCAUUUCCAACGCAGAGCCGACAGACGACGCGCUUGGACGACCUAUCGAAACCGAUGACGAUGGAGCAAUCAAUCCCUCGACGUCCCCGGCCAAGAACGUGCAGCCACAUUCCAAGCAGGUCUUUGCCCAUGAUAUUCAGGGCCAGGAUCAACCUAGCCUCGAGUCACAGCCCCCAAUAGGCAGAAAGUCCUACAUGGAACGCCUGCGUCUCAUCACCAACACUGACGAGCCGUUGCGGCGAAAUUACAUCACGCCCUUCAAGAUGGCCAGGUUCCCUCAUGUGCUCUUCACAGCCGUUCAAGUCGCAAAUGCCCUCGCCUUCAUCGUUCUGCUCACCUCAACAAACUCGAUGGUUUUCUCUGCCGCACCAUACAACUUUGACACGGCGGGGGUUGGCCUGAUGCUAAUGGGCCCCUUUGUCGGCAACAUACUUGGCAGUCUCUAUGGCGGCGUGCUAGGUGACUGGGUCGUUGUCCGCCUGGCAAAGCGCAAUGGUGGUAUAUUCGAACCCGAAAUGCGCCUCUACAUCCUGCCUUUUCCGGCCAUCUGUCAGGGUGCUGGCCUCGCCCUAUAUGGGGUGGCUGCUGACCGUGGCUGGCACUGGAUAUAUCCUAGCGUUGGCGGCGCCAUAUUUGGAUUCGGCGCCGCUGCGAUGAUGGAUGUCUCAUGCACUAUUGUCAUUGACAUAUACCAGAAUCUGACCGCUGAAGCAUUCAUCUUGAUCACCUUUAUCCGCAACAUCCCAGCGAUUGGAGUCCCCUUUGGCGUCGUCUCUUGGAUAGAGUCUGCCGGGCUGACGAAGUUAUAUGUCAUUGGAGGGUGCGUAAGCAGCGCAGUUUGCUUGCUAUGUAUUCCUUUGACCUACUGGGGGCCCCGCAUACGCAAGGCAAGUUGGGGACCAUAUGAAUCUAUCCUACAGCAGCACGGGUUUGUAGGCGGACAGUAG